GGAGAACUUAACCAGUGCAUCUAAUCUCAACAGCGAUGGAGCACAAAAUGAUUCGUCUGUUUUUGUUCUCAGCUUUCCUCUCAGCCGUUCCAUGUUCCUCACACGAGUAUGUUCUGAUCCAAGAGUAUAAAACAUGGAAGGAUGCUCAAGCGUACUGUAGAAAGAACUAUUCUGACCUGGCCACCGUCCAAACUGAUGAAGAUGGGAACAAAAUCAAUAAAUUAUCAAUUGACCGAGAGGCGUACAGUUGGAUCGGACUGUAUGCUGAUGUGAAUAGCUGGCGUUGGUCUUUUAAUGAUGAAAAUGUCACGUUUCUAAAAUGGGAUUACGAUCAGCCAAACAAUUUGGGAGGAAAGCAAUAUUGUACAGCUCUACAAGCAAAUGGAUACUGGUGGGAUGAAUACUGUGAUUUCAGAUGUGGUGUUCUUUGCAAAAGUGCAGAAGGACCAAACGUUGUGCUUGUUACGGAUCCAUUGAUGACCUGGUUCGAAGCUCAGAGUUACUGUAGAGAAAAUUACAUAGACCUGUUGACGGUGAAGACCAAAGAAGAGAAUCAGCAGCUCACCUCGAUGAUUCAGAAGUACCCUUGUGCCUGGAUUGGUCUAUUCAGAGACUCGUGGAAGUGGUCAGACCAGACCAGCACAACCCUUUCCUCUCUGGGAUGGGAGUUCAGUGAACCAAAUAAUAUGUUAGGGAAUGAAAACUGCACUGCUAUAAAUUAUGAUGGUCAGAUUGCAGAUAAAAUGUGCUCAAGACAGUUUUUCUUCUUUUGCAAUGUGGUAAAGGUGACUCAACAGAUACUACGACUGGAGGUGAAAGCAGGUGAUAAUGUCAGCGAACAAGCGAUUAAAACAGCCGUGUUAAACAAGAUAAAACAGGAACUAGGAGAGAAGGGGACGUCAGAGGACUUCAAUAUCACAUGGCGAGAGCAGACGAAUGGAAUGGUGUUCCAGAAACUUGAGAAUGGAUCAUCAACAAUAAAAGAUGAACUUUAAAAGAAGAAGCUGAUCACAUAUUUCAACUAAUUUCUCAUUUGUAGUGAACAUUAUAUUAGGAAGAACCCACACUUUUCGA